UGUUUAAUCAACCAAGAGGCUUUAAUUAGCUCUGAUUGGGUGGAGGGGGUGGGGGUGUGAUGGAAGGGAAGCCGAUGCCAAGCAGGAAUCACCAGGAUAAACCUGGCUGCAUUGUUUAACAGGGGACCCACAAAAUGCCGUCUACAGGGGGUUUUCAGUGGUUUUAAAUUGGUUUUCUAUUUUUAGCGUGGUUUAUGUCUCUAAAUAUUUUUACCUGUUAGUCACUGCUAGAUGAGCCAACCCAAAAUAUAGUCUGAGGUUUUCACAACAUAGUUCGUACAUCUUUAAUAAAGGGCUAUAAGUUAGGAGUAUAAGAGAUUUAUUUCUGGGUUAUUUAAAAAGACACAGACACAGUGUACUGCUGUUGGAUGGAAAAAGAUGAGCUAAAAGUGUAUUUCAUAGCCUGGCAAUCCAAAAGUUGAUAUUAUAAUAUUAUUAAACCAUUUAUAAGGGGUGCUUCAUUACAAAAUGAUACAUGAUACAUGUUGAUGAAAAAUACUUCAUGUCAAUUUAAAUUUGUUUGACCUUUAACUUCAUCUAAAUGCACUAAUUAAUUCUUUUGUGGCACUAGUCUGCACUAAGCUCUUGACCUGAAUAUGUGAUUUUAUGUACUACAAAAUUAGUUUAUUGCAUGUUUUUAUAAUUUAUUUUCACAUCCAACUGUAAUCCUAUAAGCAUUGGUUUCAAACUGUUAUAUCCUUGACUGACAGUGAUCUACAAAAAAUGCAUACACUGCAUAGAAAAUUUCCCCCAUCUUUUAUUCCACAAAUUGACCAAAGUCAAAUUCAAAAGGAAGUCUCCUCCACACCGAGAGAGGGUGUGCAUGAAUGGUCUCUCAGUCCAUCCCACUGCCAUCGUCUCUCGCCUUGACCAGAGCGAGGGGCAGCAGUGAGCGAGCAGAUGUCGGGAUGUGACUAUCAGCGGAGGAAUUUUGAGAGCUGGUGACCAUGCAGGUGGAAAGAACACCCGAAAUAAACAGACAAAUAGGGUGGAAACAAGGGGGGCUGUGGAUGCAGAUAACAGCACGAAGCAAUACCCAUCAGCAAGAUUUACAGUCCAGUCGCCGUUGGUUGUGUUGGUGGUGGAUUAAUAACCAGUCAUAAAGAGGUGGGAGGGAGAUUGUGUGUUGCAGGAGGACGAAAGUGAAGGCAUUGAUAGAGGAAAGAAGAGAGGGGGAGUGUGUAAAAGAGAGAGAGGGGAGUAGAUAAAGCCGGAGCCAGGAUCAUGAGUUCUGCACUACCCUACGACUCGUUGUCAGCUCGGCCGAGUCCUAGACGAGCUUUGGACAGGGAGCGCGAGCAGCUAGCUGUGCGAAGACUGUCCUCUCCACGGGCACUCGACCUGCUAACUCCUCCUCCUCUUCCUCGUCGACUCUCUGCCAUCCCUGGUUACCUGCUAUCACCAUACCAAGAGCAAGAGGAGCAGCUCCACCAGCAGCACCAGCGACUAUCCUUGUCUGUGUGCUCAGAGGCCUCCCUGGCGCCCCCUGCACCUCCACCUGUGGGUGCUGCUCCACCCUGCUGCCGCCCAGUGGGAGUCAUGCACCUCCUGCGCCUGGGUCUCCUGGCUUUCAGCUGCCUCUUCUGGGCAGCCGGCUUGGCCCUCUUCACCCUGGGUGUGUGGGCUCAGAUAUCACUGGCGGACUAUAUGCUGUUGUCUGCCAAUCGUUACCCCAACGCACCACUCAUCCUUCUCUCCACAGGUGCAGCCGUCACCGCCUGGGGCUUCUUAGGUUGUCUGGGGGUGGCUGCAAACCUGCCAUGUGUGCUAAGAGCUUAUGGGUUCUUUCAACUUGCUGCACUUAUAGCUGGUUUGGCAGCUGGACUUUCAGGCCUCUUCUACCGUGAAGAUAUUGCUGGAGGAUUUCGCAGUGGCUUACAGCGAGCGGUGGCCGGCUACACAGAAGAUGAAGGCCGUGCCGACGCUCUAGACAGCCUGCAGAGGGCCCUGGAGUGUUGUGGAGCUGAGGGCUGGCGUGACUGGCUCACUUCAGAUUGGGCUAUCCAACAUAUGACCUUCCUUCCCACUGAGAACGGUACCUCUGUGUCCCUGCCGGACAGCUGCUGUGUGAGGCGCAAGGGUUGCAAGAAUCGACCUCUUCUGUCAGAGGAUAGCGAAGGAGUAGUUGCUGCAGGGAUCCAUCCACACGGCUGCUUCCGCAAAGUCUUCAGCUUGGUCAACGACAACGUCUUCCACAUUGCUGCCACUGUGUUGGGAUUAGCCUUUACCCAGAUCGGAGGCAUUGCCCUGGCUUGUCUGCUAGCCAACAAACUAGCACCGAGACAACAUCGCCGUGUAGUGGCACAUUAAUGGUCAAUUUUAAACCAAGGAUUGACCAAUUUGUAGAUUGUUAGGAUUAGUAAUGAACAAUGUCCUCAAAGAGUAAUAGAGUUGCAAAGUUGGGGGAGUUUUUGGGGCAUCCGGGGUUCUGCAAGUUGAGGUCUGACAAUGUUUAAUGACUGUCAGUCAGUUGUCAGUUGGUGCACUCCCGAGGCUUGGAUGGUGCAUGAAACUCUCAGUUAAAUUAUCAACCCAACAACCACUUUAGAAAUUAUCUGGUAUCUCAUGGGUGAAAGUCCAUGUAAAUACAAAAUUAAUGAUGGUGGUCAACUGCAACAUUUUGAUAAGAAACAUUAAAUUACUGAGCUUUAAAUUCUGUUGCGUGCAUCAAUAUUGGAGAGCUGAAGCUUUGUAGUAACUUGAUAAUACAUUUAAGAUCUUAAAUCAUAUUCGCAACUACAGCAAUGAGGUUUAUUCCUAACUCUGAAAUUGCUAUAGUUGUGAUUUGACCCUUUGACUAACUGCUUCUCCAUAGCAACAGCAACUUAAGCUCAUUGUAGUUUUUAGAGCCAUCUGAUAUCAAAGUGAUAGAAAAAACAAUGUCUCAGAAACUAAGCUUACGUGAUUAAAACUGAUGGUCAUGGCAUGAAACUAUGUUAUUGUUAAAUUAUCCACAAGACUCCUUUGUUUCUACAUAGAGGAACCUUAAGGAUAUCAUUAAAAGAAAAUGGGAAUUUAGUAGUGAAACACCUCAGAAACCAGAAACUCCUCACACAUCGCAACUCUUUGACACUCAUUGUUUGCCUGACUCUCUUUUCUGUGCAAUUUAAAAAAUAUAUACUGUACUUAUUUGAUUCAGUGUUAUGGCAGAAGUAAAUCUUCUGCCCAUUUGAUGCAGUAAUACCUCCAAACAAGAGACAUUCUGUGAUCAUAUAUAAGUGGGGCCAGAUUGGGUAGUUGGUAGUACGGAAUGAUGCUUUUCUGCCUGUUUUGCUGGAUGAUUUCGUUUCAGAAAUGUUUAAACAAUGGCAUGACUUGAUAUACUUCACUAUGUAGAAUGUAAUUACAUAGCAGAAAAGAUUAUUUAGACUUGAUCUGCUUUCAUAUUGGAUUUUUCCGCGAGUUACCUCACGUAGUAGAUUUCACCACUGAAUGCACAGGAAUGUUCACCAGCAGUUUUCCACUUGAGAUGAUUUAGUCUGGCUGUGUUCAGCAGAUGUUCGUAUCUACAUCUUUUAGUUUUUCCAUCACAAAGACUACACUGUGUUAGAAUGGUGCUUUAGGAAAUAGCUUAAUACUGUCUGUGAUAUUUUGUGCCACUUAUACUGGACACCUGACAAGCUGUUAUAAUGUUUACUGUGCUUGGGGGAGAGACUUGGUGACAUUAUAUGAACGCUUUAGUUUCAGUUUCUUUCAGAUGUCACUGUGUCGCUAGAGUUUGUAUGUUCUGAAGCACAAGUUUAUCUUACAACGUUGAAUUUUGUUAUCAACACUUCUUCUAAAAUGCUUGGUUGCAUUGGCAUGACCCAGAUGUUGUGCAGCCCACUACCAGCAUGAAACCGUCGGUAGAAGUCUGGACCAGAUUUGCAAUUUUUUUCAAACUAUCAUCAAUUUAAAACAACAUUUUGAGAGUAUGUUUGUUCAAUUUCCUAUUGCGAGUUAAAUGAAAAGAUUAUUUUCAUGUCUGUAUGCUAAAUAAAAGGAGAACCAGUUAGCUUAGCUUAGCCUGAGAUACAGCUAGGCUGGCUAGUUGAUACUAGCUUCAGACCUUUUUUAAAAAAAUUAAUUUAAAGGUGUUAGUUGGUGGAAUUUUGGACAGAGCCAUGCUAGCUCUGUUUUCAGAGUGUAUGCUACAUAAAGCUAACAAUCUACUGGCUGUAGCUUCAUAUUUAGCAUACAAACAAGAGAGUGGUAUCAAUCUUUUCAUCUACCUCUUGUCAAAAAGGCAAUUAAGUUAUAUAUCCUGAAAUGUUAAACUAUUCCUUUGAUUUUUUCUUCUCUGAACUGGUUAUAAUGUGUGUUUUAAGAUUAGCUACAAUAUGCAGUAGUCUCCUUUCUCCCUUCCUUAUCAUCUCACCUUUCCUUUUCAGGAUAGGCCUUUUUAUUGCUCUUGUAACAAUGUAUCCAACAUUCAAUAAUGUAUAAUCCAUUCUAAUAAUUACCAACAGUGCAAACAAGCAUGACUGAAACAGUAAACUAUAAAAAUAAACAAAAAUCUUUGCCUGAUUACAGGAUAUGAUAUUGAUUCAACACUGGGAAUGGCAAUGUCAAGGUCUGCUGCCCUUGAAUAUAUUAAAUAUAUUAUGGCAACAGCACUCUUGUAAUGUAAUGGUGAUGCAAUGUAAUAGGUACAAAACAAAACAAUAUGCAGCACAGCAAAGUAAAGGCAUAUCUGAAGUGUAUAUGUAUAUAAUAAAUGUGUGAAUUGCUGAA